AUGGCAGCCUUGUCGACUAUCGAUCUUAACACAUUGAGCUAUGAUGCUCUCGGAGACCUCAACGAACGCUUCUACUAUCUUUUUGAAGACCACGGUAAUAUUGAUGACCUCAGAGCAGCCCUGUCAUUGGCGCCAGCGAUAAUAGAACGAAGCGAAGAUGGGUUACAGAAGGCCCAAUGGAUGAAUGUUUUGAGCCAACAAUAUGAUGCGUUGUAUAUCGCGGCUGGGUCUUUGGCAAGCCUUGAAGCCGCCAUCAGGUAUGCUCGCGGUGCCAUCGAAGAGUUUUCAGAAGGCAGCGACGGAGACCUCCUGGAGCUCAAGCUCAAUCUCGAGAGGCUGCUGUGGAAGCAGUUCUCCACGCAACAGACCAUACAGAACCUGGAAGAAGUUAUCUCUGUAUCCCGAGAAGUUGUCGAGCUCCGUUCGCGUGAGGACUCUGGCGUUGACCUCGCCAUCGACCUUCACAACCUUGGACUGAGGCUUCACACUCUAUACCUAGAUCGCGGUAAGACAGAAGACCUUCAGAAUGCAGUCGCAGCACAGAGGCGUGCACUGUCUUGUUCGGAUUUGGACCCGGAGCUGGUAGUUGUGUUUAAGGUCGAGCUUGGCAAGAAACUGAGCGCCUUAUAUGGAUUCACUGAAUCUCUGGAGCUGAUCGUGGAGACGGUUGAAUUGGCUGAGCAUCUCGUCAAAACCGCGGACAGACUCAGUGAAAACCAUGCCGACCAUUUAGAGACUCUCAGCGUACGUCUUCGGACCUGUGCUUCACAUACUGGUUGUCUGCUGGACUAUCACGAUGCGAUUCUGGCCGCACAAAGGUCGAUCAUCGGAACUGCUGUCGGUCACCCUCGGCUGCCAAUGAGACUCAGCAAUCUAUCAAGCGCCCUAAUUGCACGUUAUGAGAAGCUUGGGUCCUCCGUGGAUCUGAGCGCCGGGCUCGAAGCGAUCGAAGGGGCCGUACAGAUGCUUGAAGAAGCCUCUCCCGAUGCAGCAGUAGUCAAUUCUACUGCAGCUGAUGUUUUCUCAUACACAUUCACACAGACUGGCAACAUUGUCCAUAUCGAGAAAGCCGUGGCCUACCGGGAAAAGAGUAUAGCCCAAACACCGCCACGUAGACCAGCCUUGGCCGGCCGCCUGUCGAACCUGAGCAACGACCUGCUGCUGCUGUAUACUAGACGUGGCCUGGUCUCAGACAUCAACCGUGCCACCGAAGCCGGCUUCAGAGGUCUCAGCCUCGCAUCUGCUCAGGACUCAGCCCAACGAUUUAAAAUCCGGUCUGUGCUCAGUAAUGCGCUGAUCACAAGAUUCCAAAGAACGGGGUCGUUGUGGGACCUUCAGAAUGGACUGAACAUUGCGAAAACGGCGUUCGAGCAACCUCCCUUGAAAUAUCUGCAGCCACGGCUUGUCAACAAUCUGGCAAACAUCCUCCACUUGCGAUACAAGCGGCUGGGCCAACUGGACGAUUUGACGACUGCCAUUGAUAGUAUGGGCAUGAGUCUGGAAAGUAAGGCAGGCAGCCUUGAAGACCAACUGACUAUCAUGGCCAAUUUGGCAUCCAUGUUGCGAAUAAGAGCGUUAGCCACCAUAGGGUCUGCUUCAAACCACGAUCUUCUCCGCGCAAAACUGCUGGGCUACUUUGUCGCAGACCAUACAUCCAAAAAUCACCGUGACUACCCUACAAGGCUGAACACACUUAUCAAUGUCCUUCAUCUUUUGUCUCAGAAAUCGGACAAUUCGAGGUCCAUAAAGUAUUUGCAAGAUGCCAUAAGGUACGCAGAGCGUGCGGCGUCUUGUUCGCCCAAUGAUAACCCUGAGAGAGCCACCCUCCUGAUCGGCCUUGCAAACUUGUACGGAACACAGAGUCAAAAGUCAGCAGAUGUUGCUGGCUCGAAUAAAAGCCUCAACUGUUAUUUGGAUGCCUGGAAGUCACUGGCGGCUCCGCCUUUGAAGCGUAUCAAUGCGGCAACAUUCGCGGCAGAAAUCUUGUGUCAACAAAAAGACUAUGGGAGAGCAAGCAGGCUUGUCCAGGAUGCUCUCAGCUUGGUUCCUCUCGCCAGUGCGCGCUCUCUCGCCAUCGGCGACCAGCAGCAUGUGCUGUCACAGUUGUCCGGACUAGGCUCCUUGGGCUGCUCCAUGGCAUUGCAAGCAGGGCAAAAACCAGAAGAGGCGUUACAGAUCCUAGAAAUGGGGCGUGGGACGAUUCUUGGGAACAUCAUUGCAGCCUCCGCCCCUGAGCUUGGAAACAAUCCUGACACGGCGGCGCUGUACGAAAGAUAUUUCUCACUUCUAAACAGCCUCGAUCGUCAGGCGGUCGAGAACGAGCACAUAUCCCGGACGUCGUCCCAGUUCAAUAUCACUGCCACAGUCGAUGAGCAAUACGCCGUGUUGCAGGCUAUCAGGGGCAGACCGGGCCAUGAGCGUUUUCAAAUGCCCCCAAAUCCUCUGGAAAUGCAAGCGGCGGCCGCGGAGGGAAUGAUUGUCGUGAUUUGCAGUACAGAGCUCCGUGCCGAUGCAAUCGUUGUCCGGGAAGGUGGCUUCUUGGUUGUGCCCUUACCGGAAGUCAAUUUUCAAGACGUCGUCACCCGCGCAAAGCUCAUAGCGGAAGACCUGACCUCGUACACCCUCCGCACGCUGGCGGCAAAAAGCAAGCAAUUCGCAGAGCAGAUGCACUGGCUCUGGUGUAAGUUUGUAGCACCGACUUUCAGAGCUUUGGGCUUGGAAACGAAGACUUCUGUUCAGGAGCUGGCGCGCAUCAGGUGGGUUGCCGUGGGUGCCUUGGGGGUAUUUCCUUUCCACGCCGCCGGAAUACACAACCCUGGCUCGACCGACAAUACGUUCGCGUAUGCUAUAUCAUCAUAUGUCCCUACGAUCAGAUCCUUGGUGCACGCUUCCAAGAAAGUAUCUCCUAUCAUCAAGUCUGCCGGGAAUCGCAUGCUUUUCGUGGGCAUGCCGGAAACUGCUCAGCAUCGGGAGCUGAUAGAAGUCAGAACAUUGCAACAACAACUUGGGCAACUCAAUUACGACGUCCAAUUCCUCAAACAGAAUAUCCCCAGCAAAGUACUUGCUUGCCUGUCCCAGUGCGACAUGUUGUUGUGUGCCUGCCAUGGUAUCGCUGACCGAUCUAAUCCAUCUGAGAGCUACCUCGCGUUACAAGCCCUUGCAACCCAGCCAGACUCACCCGACCAAGAGGCCUCUGACCCGGCGGAUGCGAUUCUGGACGGCAUAAAUCGAGAUGGCAGGCUUACGGUCCGUGCGAUAUCGUACCAGAAUCGCGGACAGAGGAGCAACAAGAGCAUGCCGCGCCUUGCGUUCCUGAUGGCAUGCAGCACAGCGACGAUCAAAAGUCUUGAGCUCAGCGAUGAGACCUUGCAUCUCGCAUCCGCCUUCCACCUGGCUGGUUGUCAACACGUUGUUGGCACGAUGUGGAAGGCGAUCCAGAGGGCUUCGAUCGAUGUUGCCCUGCAUUUUUACGCUAGCAUAGGGAGGCCGGUGGAAGUUCCACGCAGGGAAGUCUCGGACGCCUGGCACAUAGCGGCUGCCCUGCACGAAGCUACGCUAUCGGUGAGAGAGGAAAACCCUGCUUUGAUACUCAAAUGGGCCCCAUUCAUACACAUCGGACCGUAA